UCUCGUGUCUGCUACGGAGGAGGUGUUGAGAAGGGCAAAAGGGAGUCCCCGCUGUGUUGAAGCAGGAGUGAGAAGGAUAGAAGAAAGACCGAAAGAAGAAGAGCGAGAGAAGUAGCAGAUCAAACUCACAGUAAGCAGAGAGAUACGUUUCAAAAUACAACCAAGAGCACUCACUGCGAGUUUCUAAAUAUCGUCCUACUCACGUCCGUGUUUGACACUUUUUAGCGUUGUGGAAUACACGGUGUCGAGCACGGAUUAAUUCAAAAGGUUUUGCACUACGUCGCUCGUGUAGUCCCCAGAGGAAAGAGGCUGUGAGAGCGGGUCUCCACACGUCACGGAGCCGGUGACAGUUGGAGAUGAAUGUCAGUGGAGGUAAAAGUGCACUUAAAGUCUUCGAAUGACGCCAAGAAGCAGAAAACUGGGAUAAUCCUUCAAUCUUCCCGUUCACCAGCGGAGAGCACUUGGCGAUCUGAAAAAAAGGACAAACUCUGGGCCACAGGCCGACUUGUUGAGUUCUUUUUUCGCUUCCGGUAUCACCGAAGAAACCGAACUGCACCCGUUCACCCCUGCUCACUCUCACUUUUCGGAAGCUCAGUCUUUUAAAGGAAAAUGGGUCUUUGAGACUGCUGGCAAAUUCCCCUACACAACAAUGGCCUCAGAAGCGUAUCUGGUGCAUGAGGCUCCUUCCAGAGGUCCAGGACUGCCUGAAUGUUUUUUAGUAUCCGACUCCUACAGGGAUGAGUUCCAUCCCUUCAUUGAGGCUCUGCUGCCGCACGUACGUGCUUUUGCCUACACCUGGUUCAACCUCCAGGCCCGCAAACGCAAAUACUUCAAGAAGCACGAGAAGCGGAUGUCCAAGGACGAAGAGCGCGCAGUCAAAGACGAACUCUUGGGAGAAAAGCCCGAAAUCAAGCAGAAGUGGGCGUCCCGCCUGCUGGCCAAACUCCGUAAGGACAUUCGGCCAGAAUUCCGUGAGGACUUUGUGCUGACCAUCACGGGGAAGAAGCCGCCGUGCUGCGUGCUGUCCAACCCGGACCAGAAGGGCAAGAUCAGGCGGAUCGACUGCCUGAGGCAGGCUGACAAGGUGUGGAGGUUGGAUCUGGUGAUGGUGAUCCUGUUUAAAGGCAGCCCUCUGGAGAGCACGGACGGAGAGAGACUGGUCAAGUCGCCCCAGUGCUCCAACCACGGCCUCUGUGUCCAGCCACAUCACAUCGGCGUGUCCGUCAAAGAGCUGGACCUCUACCUGGCCUACUUCGUCCACACGCCAGAUUCUGGACAAUCAGACAGCUCCAGUCAGCAGGCAGACUCCGAUAUCAAACCCCCACCGAACGGUCACCUGAGUUUUCAGGACUGUUUUGUAACGUCAGGAGUGUGGAAUGUUACUGAACUGGUCAGAGUGUCACAGACUCCCGUUGCCACGGCGUCUGGUCCCAAUUUCUCAUUGGCCGAUCUUGAGAGCCCAGGCUACUACAACAUUAACCAGGUGGCACUGGGACGACGUACUCUCACCUCACCCCCAUCAACAAGGGCUGAAGUGGAACUGUAUGCAAGUCUUCCGCGGAGCUCUAAUAAGCGUAAGUCCAUAGAUGACAGUGAGAUGGAGAGUCCAGUCGAUGAUGUUUUCUACUCCAGCCGAUCCCCUGCAGCCACCAGCUCCCAGUCCAGUGGCUGGCCCAACGAUGUGGAUGCAGUGCAGCACCAUUUGGCGAGUGUUCAGGAGAGGAAGAUAAAACAUGAGAGCGAUGGGGUGCAGUUUCCUUACCAUGGACUCUCCUCGCCUGGUUCUCUAAAGAAGCCGGGGAAAUUCGAUUUCAGCGCUCUGUCGUCCCAGACCAGAUCACCUCGCAUGGCGUUCACACAUCACCCGCUGCCCAUGCUGGCGGGAGUGAGACCAGCGGGGAGUCCUCGUGCCUCAGCUUCUGCCCUCCAUUUUCCCUCUCCCUCCAUCAUCCAGCAGUCCAGUCCUUACUUCACUCAUCCUACCAUCCGCUACCAUCAUCACCAGGACCCUCUCAAGGAGUUUGUGCAGUUCGUCUGCGCUGACGGGUCAGGACAGCCUGGGGCACAGCCCAACGGGAGCGGGCAGAACAAAAUGCCGGGCUCCUUCCUGCUGCCUCCUCCGCCCCCUGUGGCGCGGCCCGUGCCCCUCCCCCUGCCCGACUCUAAAACCAGCAGCACGCCCCCUGAUGGCGGACUCACCGCUCCCACAUCUCCGUCAUACUCCACGACAGGCUCCACAGCUCCCAACAGGUUUGUCAGCAUCGGAGCACGGGACAACAACUUUCUGAACAUACCCCAGCAGACUCAGUCUUGGUUCCUCUGACAAAACCUUUUGGAAAGCAUACCCGCACCGCUACAACUCUGCGAUGAAAUUUAAAAAAAACAAACAAAAAAACAAAAAAAAAAAACAAAAAAAACAAAAUGGAAUCAUAGACACAGAAAUGGACCGUCAUCAGGUAAUCGUUUAUCCAGCCCCCAACUCAAAUCAGACACGUGGACAAACCAGGAAAACCUUUCAGCAAUGACCCAGUGGGGACAAAUAAAGUCCACACACAAAAAAAAGAGACAGCCCAAAUGGAAGAGUAGGGAAAAACAACCACAGGAGAAUGGAUGUGAUUCCAUUCAGGAAGAGGAGUCAUCUCACACGCAUACACACACAAACAAAAAAAAAAAUCUCCCGCCAACACGUUACCAAGGCAACCUGAAAACUGACCAUUCCCCUUCUCCUCCAUUUGUUUUUAUUCGUUUACUUGUUUCAUGAUAUGGCCAGGGAAACCAAUCAUAGCACAUUCAGAAGUAAAUAACGAAAAAAAAAAAAACAUCUCUUGACUUUACAUCAAAAUCAUGAAAUAGGAACGACAUGAAUUGCAUUUUUGUUCUAAUCUACACGUGUUGCAUUCACCCAGAACUGACCCUCUUGUGCCAAGGGUCUGAGCAUGCCCAGAGCCACUUGUUUGAUUGGACAGAACGGGACCACUGCUGCCUGAAUCUGAUUCGCUCAGCCCCCAGCGAAACUCCAUUUUUGAUUGGCUAGUUGUGGUGACUUCAUUUAAUAUUGUGGCACCUGCACUAAAAGGCUUGUCCCUGUUUACCCGUCUAAAGGCAAUAAGCUACAUUCAGGAGUGACAUCCUGAA